UUCGCAUCUUUUCAAGACUGACACGAGGACACUCUAUCAAGCGGCAAAGCACAUAGACACCGAAAUCUCCGGUAAAGCAAAAUAAGAAAGAAAAUGGUGGUUGCUCCCGGCGGCGGCGACGGUGGCUCCUUCUCUGCGAUGGAAGCCUUGGGAGAGGAAAUAGCGAGAGUGAAAUCAGAGCUAUUCGAUGACAGUUCUCGUUCUAAUAAUUCUGGUGGCUCUUCCUGUGAAGGCGAUCGAUACGACGACGGUUUGAGUGAAAGGAUGGAGUCAGGAGUGACGGGAGAAGAGGUUCAUAUCAAAGAAGAGGUUGAUGACGGCGGCGUUAAUGGAUCUUCGACGUCUUCUUCGUCGAUCGAAUUGCCGAAACCAAUGGAAGGGUUGAACGAUGUGGGUCCACCACCCUUCCUUAGAAAAACCUUCGAAAUGGUGGAGGACCACGACACCGACCCCAUCGUGUCAUGGAGCGAAGCUCGUGAUAGCUUCAUCGUUUGGGACUCUCACGAAUUCUCCAAAAUCCUUCUCCCCAAGUACUUCAAGCACAGCAAUUUCUCCAGCUUCAUUCGCCAGCUCAACACCUAUGGGUUUAGGAAGGUUGAUUCAGAUCGUUGGGAGUUUGCAAAUGAAGGAUUCCGGGGAGGGAAGAAGCAUUUGCUGAAGAACAUUAGGAGGAGAAGUAAGUAUAACAAAUUUCAUCAGGGAGCAUUCAAUUCGAUGAAUCCUGGCCUGGAGGCUGAGGUGGAGAAAUUGAAGAAGGACCAGAACAUAUUGAAAGUGGAGAUUCUGAAGCUUAGGCAGCAGCAGGAGAAUUCGCAUGUUCAAGUCACGAAUGUUCAGGAGCGAAUUCGGUGUGCAGAGUUGAAGCAGUAUCAGAUGAUCUUUUUCCUCACCAGAAUGGCUAGAAGGCCAGCCUUUUUUGAGCAGUUCAUUCAAAAGAUUAAGCGAAAGAGAGAGAUUGAUGGUGCUGACAUGGUUAAGAGGCGUAGAUUGCUUGGAACCGAGGGCCCUUUAAGCUUCCCUAAGGUAAUGGAAACAAAACCUGAUGUUGAUUAUAGAUGCCAAGGUUAUGAACAGUUCAAUACAUUGCAAUCAGAACUCAAUGGACUAUUGUCUGAAACCGUGAACACCAGUAGAAUGGAGACCCCAUCUCCCUCUCCCAAUGAAUUAUGCAGCUCUGUACAAGGCUUGAGGCCGGGCUAUGGUUCUAGACCAAGUGCGCAAGAUGUAUCUUCUGCUUAUGAUGUUAUGUCAGAAAAACUACUGGAGGAAAAUUCUGUUGUUGAUGAAGAACUAGAUGUGAAUGACUCAAAUAUCUAUCUUGAAUUAGAGGAUUUGAUAAGUAAGCCAGCAGAUUGGGUUGGAUCUGCAAGUGGAUUGGUGGGGCAAACUAGUUGAAUCCCAGCAAUUCCUUGUAAUGGUUGAAAGAGCGUGUAUUUGUGUAGAUGCUCAUGCUGCGACACAAGAUGAAGAGCUAAAUAUUAUAAGACUCUUCAAUUACCAGCUUCUAAAAGUUUAGGACCCAGAUGUUGGCACCAGUUCCAUAUGAUAUGAUCAAGCGAGAUUUUCAUAUUUCUGUUCGGCUGGGUCCUUAUUGUGAAUACUUGUCUUCCUUUUUUAGUCUUUUUUUUUUUUAACCUUAAAUUCUGGUUUACUCUGCUUGUAUCAAGUCCUAUAUCAGUAUGUUCAUAUCUAAGCCUCUUAUGAUGCAGUAAUUGCUACGUACUUGUAAAUAU